AUGCAACCACCACCACCACCACCACCACCACCACCAGAACUCAGAAUCAGAACAACACCACCACCACCACCAUCAUCACCAUCAUCCUAUCUAAGUAGGCCCUCACAACGAGUAACACCUGAACAUUUGGCAUUGGUCAUGACGUGUGAAAAGUUGGGGUGUUACAAGUUGGUAUCAGAACAGACUCAAAUAGCUGCGAAUAGGCGAGGAUGCCCUCGACUGGGAGGAACAAGUGAGGGAACUUUCCCUGAUGCAGCGCCUAUUCUUGAAUUCGUAAACGCUAUGGCCGCUGCUGUACGUGAAUCAGUAGCUACUACUAACCGAGCAGCUGAACGUCUUGAUCAUUAG